AUGAUACCAAACCCGUUCGCAGGCUCCAACCCUAGCACUAAACCCAACUCCAACCCUAGCACUAAACCUAGCUCCAACCCUAGCACUAAACCUAGCUCCAACCCUAGCACUAAACCCAACUCCAACCCUAGCACUAAACCUAGCUCCAACCCUAGCACUAAACCCAACUCCAAUCCUAGCACUAAACCUAACUCCAACCCUAGCACUAAACCUAGCUCCAACCCUAGCACUAAACCUAGCUCCAACCCUAGCACUAAACCCAACAACAACCCUAGCACUAAACCCAACUCCAACCCUAGCACUAAACCCAACUCCAAUCCUAGCACUAAACCCAACUCCAACCCUAGCACUAAACCCAACAACAACCCUAGCACUAAACCCAACUCCAACCCUAGCACUAAACCCAACUCCAACCCUAGCACUAAACCUAACUCCAACCCUAGCACUAAACCCAACUCCAACCCUAGCACUAAACCUAACUCCAAUCAUAACACUGACCUUAACUCCAACCCUAGCACUAAACCUAACUCCAACCCUAACACUGACCCUAACUCCAACCCUAGCACUAAACCUAACUCCAACCCUAGCACUAAACCCAACUCCAACCCUAGCACUAAACCUAACUCCAACCCUAACACUAAACCUAACUCCAACCCUAGCACUAAACCUAACUCCAACCCUAGCACUAAACCCAACUCCAACCCUAGCACUAAACCUAACUCCAACCCUAACACUAAACCUAACUCCAACCCUAGCCCUAAACCCAACUCCAACCCGAACACUAAACCUAACUCCAACCCUAACACUAAACCUAACUCCAACCCUAGCCCUAAACCCAACUCCAACCCUAGCACUAAACCUAACUCCAACCCUAGCACUAAACCCAACUCCAACCCUAACCCUAUCUCCAACCCUAACUCCAACCCUAACACUGACCCUAACUCCAACCCAAACACAGACCCUAACUCCAACCCUAACACUGACCCUAACUCCAACCCAAACACAGACCCAAACUCCAACCCUAACACUGACCCUAACUCCAACCCUAACACUGACCCUAACUCCAACCCUAGCACUCACCCUAACUCCAACCCAAACACAGACCCUAACUCCAACCCUAACACUGACCCUAGCUCCAACACCAACACUAACCUUACUCCAACUAACCACCCCAACAAUAACCCUAGAAGUAACCCUAACCUUCCCCAGUGA